GCCAUAUAAAACCCCAUCUCCCAACCCUGGGAAACCAGUCCUUCCAGAAGCAACCACGCGUCCAUCCAUAAUGUGAGGAAAGCCCUAGUUUUCUUGUCCAGCUUUCAUGGGAGGCCAAUAACAUCCUGGUGCGUCAUGGACAGGCCUUCCCUCUCAUGCCAGAGAGAAGAAGAGGAAGGCUGAGCCCAUCCCUAACGCAGAGGGUCCCAGGGUCAGCCACUGUCCUCCCCAGGCCAUGCAGCAUCUGGGACAGGAUGGCGACCCCCUCAGCCUCAGCCUCAGCCUCCAAUGCCACCUUCUACCAGCCUCCGGUGUUCUUCAUGACAGGAAUUCCUGGAAUGGACAAGAACCUCCAUAAACUUAUCUCCAUCCCCUUCUGCAUCUUUUACUUCAUGGCCCUCUUGGGGAACAGCACCAUCCUCUUCAUCAUCAGGAGAACCCCGAGUCUCCACGAACCCAUGUACUUCUUCCUCUCCAUGCUGGCCACCACGGAUCUGGUCCUUGUGAUGUGCACCCUUCCCACCACGCUGGGCAUCUUCUGGUUCAACAUCCAGACCAUCGGCUUUGACGCCUGCCUGACCCAGAUGUAUUUCAUCCACAUCGUCUCCGUCCUGGAGUCCUCGGUGCUACUGGCCAUGGCCUUUGACCGCUUUGUGGCCAUUUCCCGGCCCUUGCGGUACAAAGCCAUCCUCACCAAGCCUACCCUGCUCAAGAUAGGGCUGGCCAUUUUGGGGAGGGCGGCCCUCUCUCUGCUCCCUACCCCUUUCCUGCUCAAGAGGCUGACCUACUGCAGCAGUAACCGUCUGGCCCACUCCUUCUGCUUCCACCCGGACAUCAUGAAGUUGGCCUGCGCGGACAUCAGCGUCAACGUCAUGUACGGCUUGGUGGUCAUUCUCUCCACCGCCGGCGUCGACUCCAUCUUCAUCGUGCUCUCUUACAUCCUGAUCAUCCGGACCAUUGUGAAACUGGGGACCAAAAGGAAAUGCCUAAAGGCUCUGAACACGUGUGCCUCUCACAUCUGUGCCGUCCUCAUCUUUUUCAUCCCCAUGAUCAGCCUGUCCAUGAUCCACCGCUUUGGAAAGAACACCCCUCCCAUCCUGAGCAGCGUCGUCGCCUACAUCUACCUGAUCGUGCCUCCGGCUUUAAACCCUAUCAUAUACAGCAUCAAGUCCAAGCAGAUCCGGAAAGCCCUCCGGAAGAGUUUACUUUGGAAGACGGACCCUGUUUGAGAGGCCGCUGGGAGGGCAACCGGUCAGUGUUUUGGGUCAGUCUGGUUUGGGGUCAUGGUGUCACUGGGGAUACUGGGACCUCAAGGCCAUGAGUGGCUCUCUGGCUAGAUUUGCAUUCCAUAAAUCUUAUUUAGAUGGAUUCUCAGAGGAAGGCAGCUCAGUCGGUAACAAAAAACUGGGAGGCUACUGAGGAAGGAAGGCACAAGAAUGUUAAAACCUCUGGGCCUUUUAUUCAGCUGUUGAAUCAAAUCAUUGGGCCUUUUAUUCAGUUGUUCUGUUUGGGGUCCGAGUUCUGAUUUCCACCCUGGAAAGUCUAAAUUACGGGAGUUUGCACAUUACAGAAAGAUUAAGCAAAAUAAUCUUUGGCUCUCUUAUGCACAAUGAAUACUGUUGGCUUGUGAAACACACUUCCACUGUAUGAUGGAGAGAGACUUUGAACAUGUCUUUGGUGGUAGAUAAUCCUAGAGAUAAAUCAACCUAAACCAAAAUGUCUCUAGGCCAAGUUACUACAGCCCUGAGCAGGAGGCUGACCGGACGCAUUCUGCUCCCUGGGAUUGUAGGAGUAAGACCAGAGACCAGGGAGGGCUGGUCAUUCUGACCUCACUGGCAGUGGUCAGUCACUAGUGAUGACCAUGUCCGUAGUGCUGUGGAUUUGCUCUGGCCUCCAGUCCAAACUUUAAAGGUGUUAACACACCCUGCAUCCCCAUGUUGUAGAUGGGCUCUGCAUAUUUAUCAUGGCUGGAGCCAGGCAUCAUUUAGGACCACAAUGACCUUUGAAGCACAGGGAAAUUUCCCACAGGAAAGGAACGCAAACCUGAG